UUAUCUCAGCUUACGUAUUCCGUCGAGCUCUAUAAUAACCGUGCUACAUGCGCCUUAAUACUAAAAUCAUCUCCAUUCGGUUUAGUACUGAUAGUGAGUACCAUUGAGUUAUGUUUUCAUUUUCAAACUGUUUUGCGAUUAUUAAAAACAGUUGUACAUGCGAAAAAAUUGCACGAAUAUUUUAAUUGAGUAAAGUUGAUUUAACUGAACUUUCUUCAAUUUUUUAAAAUCUCUAUUUCGGGCUUGCAUGAUUAAUUGAACGACGUCUUGGUUAUUGCUAUAAAUUGCACAACCUGACACUUGGUUGAAAAUCAUUCAAUUUAAGAAUAAUGAGUGAAUCAAUCAACAAAUCAUCGAACGUUCGAUCUGAACAUCUUGUGAUGGAUGACGAAGACGACGAAAUGGACGAAACGAAACGGUGAGCUAAUGAAAUUAUCAAUUUUUAUGAAGUCUAGAAACUUGAGCGAGAAAAAAAGAAGAGACCAGUUCAAUACGUUGAUCAGCGAAUUGAACUCCAUUAUUUCUGUAAAUGGAAGAAAAGUGGAUAAAUCUACCAUUUUAAAAGCGGCUAUGAAUACUUUAAAAGUUUACAGCGAAAAUGUUGCUCGGUCUCUAGAAUAUGAAAUAAGUGAAGAAUGGAAGCCUUCAUUUUUAACCAACGAAGAAUACACUUACUUGAUGUUGGAGACUUUAGGUGGAUUUAUUUUGGUGUUUUCAUCUUGUGGAAAAAUUCUAUACGCUUCUAGCAGCUUAGCCACAGGACUAGGUUAUAUGCUGGAUGAGAUAUUGAAUUUAAGUAUAUACGAUUUAGUAACAGAAAAUGAUAGAUCGCACUUAGAAAACAUGUUUUUCAUUUCAACUGUAAAUAGUCUAUGCAUGCAAAAUGAAGAUCAUCCAAUAAAUUUCAAAUGUCAUUUUUUGCGAAAAUCAUCAAAAUCUGGAGACUUGGUGUACGAACCUGUAGAAUUCCUGGGGAAAAUAAAACCGCAAGAAAUUCAGAAUUUUUCAGUUGAUCAAGAUAAAAUAUUAGAAUUUAAUAAACCAUCAAUAUUUGUGGGUUUUAUUCGACUUCUUACUCCUCAGUUAUGCAAUGAUGUCAUCCUUCAUGAUCAUUUAAAGACAGAAUUUAUAUCUCAUCACAAUUUUGAAUGGAAAUUUUUAUUCUUGGAUGAAAGGGCUCCUUCUAUUAUAGGUUAUUCUCCUUUCGAGGUUCUGGGUACUUCCGGUUACGAUUAUUAUCAUAUCGAUGAUUUGGACGGUAUAAUAAGUCAUCAUAAGACCUUAAUGGUACAAGAUGAAGGGGUAUCCGGAUUUUAUAGAUUUUUAACUAAAGGACAUCAAUGGGUAUGGUUGCAAACAUCAUCGUAUAUAACCCGAAGACAAUGGAAUUCGAGGAUAGAAUUUAUUGUUUGCACCCAUCGAGUAAUCAAUCCAUUGAAUGCUGAUCGAAAUUCGGAAGAUAACGAAACCAAAAUGCUGAAUUGUAGUACUCAAGAUUAUACGCCUUCUUUUUCGAGUAAUGGCAGCACAUCUUGCAGUACAAAAACAUCGCCUCCUUCGUGUUCGUGGCAGUCAACCACAUCUACAACUUCUGAUAGCAAUUAUUGUGAAGAAGAGGAUAAAGACGAACGACCGUUAUUACGAAAACACGAUGACGUCCUAUCUUAUAAUAACAGAAUAGCAUCCGGUGCAUCUAGUCGAAAUUUAUAUUACCACAGAAGGAAAAGUACAAGAAAAUUUCACCACCUUGAUAAGAAUUAUUCAGAGUAUCCUGGUAACAGCAGUGAUACAAGUUCCAGUAACAGUAAUGGAUAUUAUGCUACCACUAGUACAGCACAAAUAGUCAGCAGUGUUACGCCUAAAAUAAAAUUUGAACAGGAGUGUAAAGUAGAAAAUGUUGACACUAAUGCAUCCCUGGAGGUUUGUUUACAACAAAAAUGUGACGAAUUGCAACAGAUUAUUGCCGAAAGGCAAGAAGAACUGAGGAUAGUUUCCGAACAACUGUUCCUUGCCAGAUGUAAUUCCUCUCGACAAGAAAAUGCGAACUCAUCAGAUAACGUAAUCUCGCCAGGGCCACAAUUUAGCGAACAUAUUCCAAUGGAACAUUCGAGUUCAGAUGGAAGUCUUACGGCUUAUUCGUACGAAAAUCGACCGUUAUGAAGACGAUAAAAAUACUUGUUCAAGUUCCAUUAAUGUAGGCAUGGAAUCAUACCUGCUCAUCGCGCAUUGCCAUGCCAUAAUUCAUUUGAUUGAUGUUACGUAUGUACUUAUUGUUAGACGUAUAACUAUCUUUUAAGAGAUGUAAGGGAAAAUGUUGAACUAAUGGUUUAUUGAGAUUGAGAAACAAUGCAGAAAUUUUUUGAACUAGACUGCUCUUUGAUGAUACCGAUAUUUCUUAUCAAUUAUUUUUCAAAUAUAUGGUAAAUGCAUUGGCUUAUAAAAUUUUUUACUGCAGAAAGUGAAAUUAAGACAUGAAAACAGCGCGAAAUAAGGUCGAUGUAUACUGGUACGCUGUUGUUGAUGAUUUGAUUUUCAACCCUUUAUGCUUUCUUUAUAAAAUGUCUACGUUGGAUAAUUUAACAAAUUUGUUGUAUUCAACGCAACUAAGCAGUAUACCAAUGCUAAUAGCAUGAAACAAAACAAAACUUGCAAAAAUCAAACAAAUUCAUUUUAGCGAACGUUGACAGACACAUUUUUUUGAAUAAAAUCAAGAUAAGUAAGUAUCAUAAAAUUUAUGUAGUUGCACUGUCACGCAGGUAAUUAAAUUUUGACAGUCAAUUUAUCACAACACAUACGUGCAUUGGCAUAUUUAAAUGCAAUAGGUACCUACUACCUACCUACUAACAUUAAAUCAUUAUGCUUACAAAUAGACAAUAAUAAAAUAGAACAUCUGAAUUACCUAGGGGUACAAUAGUAAGUAGAAGUACAUAUAGAAGUACCUACUUACCUAUUACAAUAAUGCACAGUAGGUACAUAUGUAUACCUACUUAAAAAUAUAAAAAAUUCAAACCUG